AUGAUGUCCUUUAUCUCUCUGCUCCUGGUUGGCAUCAUGUUUCCUGCCAUCCAGGCAAAGCAAUUUACUAAAUGUGAGCUGUCCCAGGUUCUGAAAGACAUGGAUGGCUUUGGAGGCAUUGCCUUGUCUGAAUGGAUCUGUACUAUAUUUCAUACCAGUGGUUAUGAUACACAAACCAUAGUCAAUAACAAUGGCAGCACAGAAUAUGGACUCUUCCAGAUCAACAAUAAAGUUUGGUGCAAGGACAAUAAGAUCCUUCAGUCAAGGAACAUCUGUAACAUCCCCUGUGACAAGUUCCUGGAUGAUGACCUUACUGAUGACAUGACUUGUGCCAAGAAGAUUCUGAACAAGGAAGGAAUCGACUACUGGUUGGCCCAUAAACCACUCUGCUCUGAGAAGCUGGAACAGUGGCACUGUGAGAAGUUGUGA